AAGAGGUGACAUCAAAACCUAACGGUCCCGAUUGACCGUGAAUGAAAGCUUUCAAUUUGGGCUUUAAAGUUGCCCUUUUACGAAAAAUAAUAGCACAACAAUGUCUUUGAACAACUGUCAGCUGGCUGUUCUCCUCUUGCUGCUCCUUGGAUUCACCCACCACCAAGUAACAGGAAUUUGCGACGUGGAUAUUUGCGCCACCAACCCAGAAAAGUGUGUCCUAUCUAAAGACAAGAGUACCUGCAAGUGCGUGGAAGGGUUUUAUGAUGAUCACUGUGACAAAGAUGCACAUAUCAAAGUCUUGUGCACUAAAACCUACAUGGGAGUCAGAGCACGAGAAGAGUUCUUCAUGUAUUACAACACGCCAGUUAUGUCUUUGCACCUUCCCAAUAAAUCAUGCAAAGCUUACAGGGAAGUUGUCAACAAAAUUCCAUACUACAUGAUCAAGAUAGCAAAAAAUGAAUACAUCGGCUGCGGGGGGCAGUCGCUAGAGAAAAACUUUACACAUGUCACAUACACCAUGAGUCUUCAAUCAGAGCCUCAGGUCUUUGGAAACAUCAUCAGAGAUCCAGUCAUCAAGUUGGAUUUCACAUGCAUUUAUCCAUUCAUCAGAAUGGUCAGCCUUCCUUUUCCAAUUCAGCCCAUUUCCAGCGAGGCGAUGGUGCGUGUCGAUGAGCUAGACGCCAUCAUCCGGAUGAUGUUGUACACGGAUCAUAGCUACACCACACCUUUCAGCAGCGCCCCCACUAUCGAGCUGGGGGACCAGGUGUAUGUUGAGAUUGCCGUGACGGAGCCCGCAGACUUCUUCCUCCUCCGCAUAAACGACUGCUGGGCCACACAGAGUCAGCAUCCCAAUACCUCGGAGGGAUUGGUUCACAGCCUGCUUUUGAAUGGGUGUGCGACCGACGACACGGUUGGCUUCCAUAGCCUGAACGAGCCAGAGUCUGGCCUUAAUGGGCAGAGUUCGACCAUUCACUACAGCUUCGCCAUGUUCCGCUUCACAGUGGAGCCGCACUUAUUCUAUCUUCACUGUACCGUGCAGCUCUGUGACCCCGAUGACAGUACAUCCUGCACACCCAACUGCAAAUCCAUCACUAAGCGAGAAGCAGUGCGAGUAGACUCCGCCCAAGGGCUCUUGUCUUACGGGCCCAUCAGAAUUGAAACUCCAGAUAAACCGCUGUCUAAUGUCGUGACCACUGUGGUGCUCCCUGUAGCAGGUGUCUGGGCUGUGGGCUUCAUCCUCACUCUCCUCAUCGCAGUGGCAAGAGCUGCCAGUAGGAAGGUUGCGCAAACUGACCAGUUAUCAUUUCAAUAAAAUGUCAAAACAU